CCGUUCACAAAGUCCUCUGGCUUGGGGGAGACAGGCAACAGUCCCGAGGAAGGGGGCUGCUGAGGAGCUUUGGGCCCAGCAGAGUGGAAGCAGCAUGUUCAUUACAGUGAGAUAUAGAGCCGACUGCCAAGAGAUUGUGAAUGUGAACUGCCGGGUCCUGAGCCUCACCAUGCACCUGAAGAAGAAAUGCCAGUGCAGGCCAGAAGAUUGCAUUGAUCUUCUGGAUGAAUCGGGGACCAUGAUGAACCUAAGCGAAGUGAAAAGUCCUGCAUCUGAGCUGGCCAGUAAAUACCUACAGGAGAGGCAGCAUUACAUCCUCAUCAGAGUCAUUCGAGGAGAAGGCUUGGAAUCAACCUACUACGAAUCUCUACUGGAGAAUCUGGAAAACCACCACCCUGAGCUGGCAGAGCGGCUGCAGAAGUUACCGGCAUACCCUCAGCUGAAGGACAACAUGAGGAGGAGUUCCAUGCAGAGAAAGUUUCACCCACUUAAGGAACCACUCCUGGGCUCCCCAGCCAAAGUCAGAAGCACACAGCAGAGUAAGAAGGCUCUGCUCUCUCCAGCAGGCCCACCUAGGUAGGGUAUCAUCCCUUGUGGGAACAAGGCCUCCAACAGUUUGGAAGCAUUUUCCACAGAUCCUACACAGGGUCAAAGUAAGAUAGCCAGAUGUAGUCAAACUGUAAGGCAGUAUACAAGAGGCCACUGCUUUAUAAGCAGCACACCGUCCUCCUCAAAGCCAGACUGAACCAUAAUCAGAGACCCCCAGCACCUUUUUAAAUGGAAGCCAGGUCUGUGUGGAGUGUCAAAUGCAUUUUAAAUAAAUAAAAAUAAAUAGUACUUGUGGCACCUUAAAGACUAACAAAUUUAUUGCAUUUCAGUUACUGAUUAGUUGUACCUGAUUGUUAGAUGAGGCCUUGCAGCUCCUAGUGCUAUGUUAAAGCUACAUGUGGUACCAGUGAACUUAAUCUGAUGCUAAUAACCAUCAGCAUAUUACUUAACCCACUAAGACCCACAAUAAGAUCAGCCAGCUGUGUUCUUAGUCAGGCAAUUGACCAGGUCACAUUUUUCUUUCCACACAUCUUGUUACAGCCAUGUCCAUGAGCUGAGAGGAUAGAGAUUUACAAGAAUCCUAGUCAAUGAAGCACUUGCAGGGCAGUGCUCUUAGAUUCUCUGCUCUGGCCUUCUGAGCAGACAAAAAUAGUACAGCAGGGGUUGUACACAUGUCCUGCUAGAGAAAAUCCAGGCCUGGCCUUGUUUGGUUUUGCUGAGUCAUCCAGCUACAUGGAUUUUAAUUAUUCCAUUCCCCUUGUUUGGGGAGG